AUGGGAAGCAUCCCACCAACGACCAAAUUUCAGGCAGAUGCCGACAUCGCGCGGCUUCGGUCUGAGCGGGGUGUCGAGAACAACGAGCUCCACAACUCGGAUGUGAUAUUAUCUAGUCUCGAUGCGGCCCUCGAUAUGCUUUCCGAUCAACUCUAUCAGACGCCAACACAUUUCAUUCUUGAGUUGAUCCAGAACGCAGACGACAAUACAUAUCCUAAUAGUGUUACGCCCUCCCUCGAAUUGACGCUGUACGAGAAGGACGGCAAAAACUUCUUCCGAGCAGAUUGCAAUGAAAUCGGCUUCACAUUCAACCAACUGGAUGCUCUGAUGCGGGUCGGACAGAGCACUAAACGAGCCGUAGCUACUGCCUCGGGACAAAGGGGAUAUAUCGGGGAGAAGGGCAUCGGAUUCAAAUCCGUCUUCAAGGUUGCCGAUGUUGUCCAAAUCGCCAGUGGCUUCUACGAAUUCAAGUUGGACCGAAGCGGGCCUUUGGGCAUGAUACUUCCCAUUCUUACACCUUUCCCUCCCGCAGAUCGUAUAUCAGGCCACACCCAGAUUCUCCUCCACUUAAAGGAUGGGGUCUACAACCAUAUCCUCGAUGAUUUGAGGAGUAUCGAUUCCCAGCUUCUAAUCUUCCUCUCAAAAUUGAAACGGAUUAGGGUUGUUACCCCAAGACCGCCCAAAGCCUACGUCCUGUACAGGAACUAUAGGAACGAUGCUGUAAAAUGGGAAACGGCGGUAAUCUCGUCGGAGGGUUCGCAAGUUGGAGAUGGGUACAUCGUGAAGAGGCACGACUUGCAAAAUCUGCCGGCCGACUCUCGAAGGAAGGGAAUCACAUCUUCCGAGAUUGUUCUUGCUUUUCCUACUUACGCGGGAGAUAUCCCGAGAAUUGACCUUCAAAAUGUGUACGCUUUCCUACCGAUUGGUAAUUUCGGGUUUCGGUUCCUAAUCCAUGCCGAUUUUCUGCUUGUCGCAAGCAGGGAGAGCCUCGAAUAUCAGUCGCCAUGGAAUAUCGCCCUUCGCGAAGGAGUUUGCGAUGCUUUCGUUGACAUGAUUCUCCAAUUCACGUCUAUUCCGGCGGGCCAGUCCAGAAAGGACUUGUUCUACAAAUGGCCCAAGUAUAUCCUCCACAACCCAGAUCGCUUUUCAUUCUGGAACGCCCUCAACCAAAGCAUCUUGGACGUGCUACGCACUAAACAGGUUCUCGAAUCACAGGAGAAGGUAGCUGGUUGCCAAAUGCCAACCAGCUUAUACUACGUCCCGCCCAAGUUUCGGUUUGAAAACAAUACGCUCUUCGAUAUCUCCUCUAUCAGGAAGCAGCACCUUUCGUUCGGAUACGAUGAGGUCAGAACCGAGCUUGCUUUAAUCGGUGUCAAGACGCUGGACAUACACAUAUUGUACAGCGAAUUCCGCUAUUGGGUGGGGCUCCAGGGAGCGGCGGCAAUUAAAGCCCAGCCCGCCGCUUGGCAUAGACAAGUUGCCGCCGUCUUCUGUGAUGCUCCUCGGGCUCUAAGGGAAGGCCUUAGAACUAUCCCCAUGAUUCCCUUGCGAGACGGAUCCUGGACUAGCGCAAACGCAAGCAACCUUUACCUCCCCUCCGACUCUGCAGGGGAGCAUAUCCCGACUGGCGUUAGCAUUCUAAUCGUGGAUUACGAGGCAGCUAAAGACGAGAUGAGAAGGAAGUUCUUUAGCUUUCUAGGGAUUGAGAAAUAUGCUCCACGUCAAGUGUGCGAUCUCAUUCUUCAACUUCAUUCUCGCAGUUCUACCUCCUUGUUAACACGCGCCCACGAGGACAUCAUAUCCGACGCAGCUUAUCUGUUCAAGCAUCGACGGCUCUUCAACGAGAACGGGGCACCCGACAUUGCCUUUCUUGUAAAGAAUGGCACGACAUCUUUUGUGUGCAGGACUGCGAUUUACAUCAUAACCCCAGCUCUCAAAUCUGGUCUCGUAUCCAAAUACAGGAACUCGCCAAAAAACCCCUUCCCCGUUCUUGAUGAUCGGUACGAAACAACAAUUUGCUGUGGAAACGAGGAGACGACACGUUCAUUCUACCAAUGGCUUCUGCUGUCCAAGAAUGCGGCCUUCUUCGAACAUCCACAGCUUUUUCGUUCAGGGCGGCGCACCGAUGAGUGGAAUUUCCUUCGCGACGCUGAUAUGACAGAUUUGCUGAUAGCCUUGAAACUCUACAUGAAACAAAAAGCGGGCCAAUUAUUUACUAGGGAUCACAUUAAUCUGGCCUUAAACGAGCUUCAUGUGCGAUGCAUCGAUGGGACCAUCAGGCCGUUCUGUGGCUUGGCGGUCCCAACGAAGGAGCUCCAACAAGAGUGUCCGCAUCUCGACUUCGCGGACCUGCGAGUGUCGAAGUUGGGGAAUUUGAAAUUCCUUUCCGAGUUCGGCAUCCUGGUAGCUCCUUCAACAGCUGCUAGGCUACGGGAACUCGAAGCACUUCAUAAAUUGUCUACUGACGGAGUUGACAGGGAGGCGACGGUCCAUAGGAUCUACCGGUCGCUGAACACAGUUCGGUCUGCCGACGACUGGUCGACCAUCCGAACCGCUUUUUCCCGUACACCCCUUGUCUACGUAUCCGGACCUAUUCCGAUGUGGACAAGCCACAGCGCAUGUGUGUGGACUGCGCCGCGUGCUCUACAACAAGUUAUCAGACUUGGCGACCUCUACCCAGACUUCAACCGGCUAUUCUAUCAGGUCCUACAGGUUGGCGCAGCCGGAAUAGGGGACGUUGUGAGAGAACUAUCCGCUCUGUCCAACGGCGGAUACUAUAACGGCGCUGUACCCCGUUGCACGGAACUUCUAUUGUUACUGGAAGACUACCUUGCGAAAGGACAUGUGCUAGUUCCGCUCGAUGCCGUUAGUUUGAAGAGUGCAAGGGUCUUUCCGGUUUCCAUGGGGUCCUUGGACGUCGUCGAGUUGCGUUCGUUACGGGACCAUACACGCUGGUAUAUCCCAGACACAACGACGCUAGGCGCAGCCUUUCAGGACAAAGUCCACCUCCUCGACUUCCCGGUGAAGGUGGUACGACGUUUGAGCAAUGUGUUCAAGACACUCAAUUGCGAGGGCAGGUUUCUCUCCGCUGUCGUAAAAGAGUCUGUCGAAUGUCGAGGCACGGUUAUUCGCGAUCUAGCAAAGGAGGACGAUCUCAAAGCUCGAAUCAGCUUUAUCGCAAAUCUAGCCGCAGCCCGUGGUACAGGAUCGGCCAGAUCCACCUGGACCAUGAAUGCAUGGUCUGUCCCCUCUAUCACGCUCAUCAGGAAGCUGUACGACGUCGUAGUUGAAGAAGACAACGAAUUGGUUACGAUACGGGAGAAAGAUGAUAAAAUAGACGUUUACUUCCGGGAGGUACCGCGGCGGAAACAAAGCAGAGUUAACUUCAAACUACAGGGUUUUUUCUCUGCCUAUUUUGCGAUCAGGGCUGAGGACCGCCCGCUCGUCAGUCUCCUUCUGAGCGAGCCCAUAGACGAGCUCUCAGAAAUAUUAGAGAGCCAUGACAUAUUCGCUCAGGAUGAACUUAACGAUGGACUCUCCGACACCCAAACCCUAACCACCACGAAUACCUCCGGUCCGAUCGAGCGAAGCGAGAAUCUCAUCAGCAACGAAGAUUCCACCGAGUCAAAUGGGAGCAGUUCAGGGGAGGGCGAGGAACAGGACGCCACGGAUUCUGACGGAGAAGGCAGAGUCGUGUUGGCCUCGAUGUCGAGCCUCUCUCUUUAUCCGCGUACUUUGAGAGAGUUGAUUCCUUCACACCAGACGAGGGUAGAAAACGUCAUUCGCAGAGCAGCUAAUUACCAGCUAUCGAACUCACUCGUGGCGGACGCCCACGACCAGUCUACACCCGAGGGAGGUGGAGAGACAUCAAGGCAUUCCGAGGACACCGCAACCGCGGCCUAUUCCCAAUCCUCUAGUAGGUAUUCUAGUAGCCAAAGGCCAUCACCAUCAUCUGCGCGAUUUCAUUCUGGGUCGGGGGGUACCUCGACUAGCAAUGGACCGAGGGUUAGAGCCUAUAUAUCGCCCCCAUCAUCGCCAUUGCCGUCGCCGUCGCCGUCGCCUGGUCGAUCUCAACUUAGAGGCACAAUUCAGCCCAGACCGGUGCAAGAUAUCUGGUUCCGAGAGAUUGGGUUCCUCGGCGAGUCGUUUGUCUACCAUUUAUUCGAGAAGCAUAUCGCCGACUGGCACUUUGAGAACUGGACCAGCAAGCUGCGUGUGGAAGAGGGCUUCCCUCGUUUUGUAGAGCGUGAAAAACAUUUCUCGGACUUUACUUAUAGAGACAACAACGGGCUUCUCAGAGACAUGCUCCAUAGAGGCAGAAUCCCUCUCGAUGCCAACUGGUCUAACAGCACCACUUACCAUCUGGAGGUCAAGGCUACCCUAGGUAACUGCUCUGAUGCCUUCUUUGUCAGUCAAAACCAAGUCGACAAGAUGCGAGAGUGUGAUGGUGACCCGGAUAAUGGGUUUAUUUUGAUUCGAGUAUUCCAUGUGGAUAGUGAAGAUCCGGGUAUAAAGUGGUUCCCUAACCCUUGGAAACUUUAUCUUGCAAGGGCUCUAGAUUUGAGGUCGGUUGAGGGUUACCAGGUCACCACGGCAGAUGCACCCGAAGGUUAG